AUGUCCUCGACAGCUCCAGAGGCAACGGCUUCAACCAAGCCCAUCCCAGCCUUCUAUUGCUGUUAUCUCCUACGGUCAGCCAAGAGGCCGAGUUGUCUAUACAUUGGCUCUACUCCGGAUCCAGCACGGCGUCUGGAGCAGCAUAAUGGGGUUUCGAAAGGUGGCGCAAAGAGGACGGAGCGCGAUACAUUGAGGCCGUGGGAAAUGGUCACCAUCGUUGAGGGGUUCACGAGCCGGACUGGCGCGUUGCAAUUUGAAUGGUCGUGGCAGCAUGUACACACAACUAGACAUAUAGGUGCCGUGGAAACCGACAACUUGAACCGACGGCGCAAGAAUCCCCCCGUUGACCAAGGCUCUGGCCUGUGGACCUCGACACCAAAGGUAUUGGGUAAUCUACACCAGCUUUUACGUUCUACCUAUUUUGGGAAAUGGCCUUUGACUGUGCGAUUUCUAUCAAGUGAUGUGCAUUGUCACUGGCAACGAUGGACCGAACGUGCGGAUAGUUUGCUCCCCGAUACCAUACACGUCCAACUGGAUUUUCGAGCAGAGGGAGCCAGCGUGCUCGACUCCCACCUGCCAGCCAACGACAUGACGCAUAUUGAUGCGACGUACAGUGGUAUUCAAGGACAUCUAGACAAGUCAACAUCUCUUUUGAGUGAUGAUUCUAGAAGGCUAUCAUGUGAGCUGUUUCUGAGUGAUGAAGGAAGAUCUGGCUUGGUGCCGACGCUUGGCGAAUGUCCAGGUUGCAAGCGAGAAGUUACAUGGGUAGCAUUGAUGAAAGAACUAAGCAUGCGGCUACAUGGAACAAAAACCGCAAUGAAGCUACUGAAAAGAGAGCGCAAAAGCAAAGAGAAUACCGAAGGCAGAAAAUCGUCCAAGACCAACAAAAAAGCGAAGAUUAAUGAUGACAUACUUGAUAACGACUACGACGAUCUGGACGAGGACUGGAUGAAUGCCGUGAAUGUCGACUUCGCCCCAGAGCCCACAAACUUUAGAUACCACGGGGAAAGCUCGACCGGGCGAGUCGAAAUAGUGAUCGAAGACAGUGAGGAAGAAAACUUUGAUUGA